GUAUAGUAGGACCCAUGUCUUGUGGUGUUUCCUCAGCAGCGCACACCUCUGACUCCAGACUCGUUCCACGACUUUGAAGUGAAGAAGCGGAAGUUGUGUCCGGAGGUCAUCAGUAUUCUGGACUCCUCUGCGGACGCGCUGUCCAGUCCUCUUCAGAAAGCUCCUCUCCUCUCCAGCACCCCCUCCGUUCUGCUGACUGCCAUGCCGAGGACAGAGAAGUCUUUUGUCAGGCAGCUGGCGCUGUGUGGGCCCCUGGAGGACAGUGUGGUCAGGUGCUGCUCUGGGGCCCAUUCUACCGAUGGAGAGAAUAAAGAGGACCUGUUGUAUGGGGACAUUCCCGGAAGAAUGGCACAUGGUGGUCUCAUGGAAGAUCCGAGAAGAGGGACACAACCAUGCAGCAGAACGGAUGAGUCCAAGCUCGGGUCGCCCACCAAUCCUGGGUCCGGGGUAAAGUGUCUGAGCAUUAAGGUAUCCAAUGGAAGAUCCUCUUUGUGCCUUUUGUCUCCCGUCGGUGUUUCCCCCUCUCCAUCUUUUAUGUGCCUGGAUGAGGAGGAGAAGCACGGACCAGGGGACAGCAAUGCCUUCUGUACCAGUCCUGAGCUCUUCUCUGCUGAGGAGGAGGAGGAUUUGCCCCACACCUCUGUGAAGGACCUGUUGAUGGAGGAGGCCGCCAUGUUGGAUGAAAGCCCAUCCAGCGGGUUCCUGAAGAGAAAUUCGUCAGAUAAGUGGAAUUAUUUCAGAAGAAGAACUUUCCAGCCCGUUGUAAAGUUGCAUCCAGACGCAGUUGUUGAAUAUCUGGAAAGGCAGAUGGAGAAAUGUCCUUGGGGGGCUCGGCGGGUCCAUAAGACGGAGGUGGGCACUUUAAUUCUGCCUCUGAGAGACAUGAGUCUCCGCCAGAUGCAGCCGGUUGUACAACUGGACCGCCAUUCCGUUACCAAAUAUUUUCAGGAUAAAAACUUGUCUAAGACUCGGAACGUUGAGCCGCGUCUGCGAAUCUUUGGCACCGAUCUCACCUCACUGACUUUAGAGACGGGAAUGAAGACCCCCCUGGUGAUCUCUUCUAUGCCAAAGAGCCGAAUUCAGAACUCUGCGGCUCCUCAGGAGACCACGGGGAGGAAAGUCUGUAUUAGUGGCUUCAGUGUGAAGAGAUGGGGAAACCGCAGGAAAAAGUCCACCAAGGCCCAGAAGCAGCUUUCCUUCCAGGACUAUGGGGACAUGUCUCUGUUCCGGGACAAGGAGGAUGUGGGCGGAGCCCUCUCCCCUCUUCAUUUCUCGCCUUCUCUGCUCACCUCGUCCUUCCUCAACUCUACGACUGUCGGGAAUCUUGACCUGUCCACAGAAUCCUUUUCCAUUCGAGAUACUCAUAAGGAUCUUCAGCGAUGGGCACGACUCCGAGCCGCUCUGUCGCUCCACCGCAAGAAGAAAGUUGAGGCCGGCCUUCCAUCCCUCCACCUCGCUGACAGGAGAACUGGGAACCAAAGUGCGCACAGCAACUCCUCUUCUCUGCUCCUGCUCUCUCCAUCGUCUCUGUACUGCGAUGAUCUCACCGAUGCGGAGAAGGUUUUGGCGGAAUGUCAGCAGGAGAAGCCGAUUUCUUUCCACCAAUGCCUGACGCAGGAUCAGAUCCUCCUCUGCCAGAAGGUGGGGGAGGGGGUGUACGGAGAAGUCUUCCGAACGGUGCGGGGCGACCAGCUGGUGGCUCUAAAGAUAAUACCCAUCGAGGGGUCCCAGAAGGUUAACGGAGAACCCCAGAAAAGCUUUGCUGAAAUUCUUCCAGAAAUCAUCAUCUCAAAAGAGCUGAGCUUGCUGAGUGGAGGAGAGAAUAAUCGGACCAGUGGAUUCAUAAAUCUUCACUCGGCUUAUUGUGUGAAGGGAUCUUAUCCUCCGGAGCUCCUUGCAGCCUGGGAUGAAUUUGCUGAAGAGAAAGGCACAGAAAACGAGCGUCCAGAUUUGUUUGGUGAAGAGCAGCUCUUCAUGAUUCUGGAGUUCGAGUUUGGUGGAGACGACCUGGAGAGAAUGAGUUCUAAGCUCCCAUCUGUGUCCGCCUCUCGCAGCAUUCUUCACCAGGUGACCGCGGCUUUGGCAGUGGCUGAAGAAGAACUUCGGUUUGAGCACCGGGACUUACACUGGGGGAACCUCCUCAUCGAGACGUGUUCUGCCCGGACCCUCCCCGCCUCUCUACAGGGCAAGAUCUUCCACAUCCCCAGCGCCGGCGUGCAGGUGAAAAUCAUCGACUACACCCUCUCUCGUCUGGAUAAAGAUGGACUUACUGUGUUCUGUGAUUUGUCCAUGGAUGAGGACCUGUUCCUGGGGGAGGGGGAUGUGCAGUUUGAUGUCUAUCGGAAUAUGCGGGAGGAGAACCAGAACGGCUGGUCCUUGUAUAAGCCUCACUCCAAUGUUCUGUGGCUCCAUUAUCUGUGUGAUAAACUUCUGAAUGAAGUGCGAUACGUGAGGAAGCCGGCGUCCCAUCAGAAGGAGCUGCGCAAACUGCGUGAUUUCAGAAGAGAAGUGCGUCAGUUCACCUCCGCCGCCGACGUCCUCCAAAGGAGCAAACUCUUCAAAUGACCCCGCCCCCAUUAUUCUUCGGUGGGAUGGGACGCCCGGCCAUGGAGGUGUGAGAACGCCGAUAUGCGCCCUCUGCUGGUGGAAAGACAGAAUUUCUGAUCUGAACUUCGUUUUAGAAUUUUUAUUUUUGUUUUUAUAAAAUGUUAUUCUCUCAUAAUCGCUAUAAGGACCCUGAUUAUAAAUAAAGAGAUAUAUCUUA